AAGAACAAACGAAUCAGCAAAAAGCCAACGCGAGGGAAAGAAAACCUUCUGGAAAGAAGACGCGAUGGGGUUCGGACGAGGACAGAGUUCCUUACGAGCAGAUUAUGCUACUGCAGUCGGCAAAUGAGCUUGGUCUUCAACUUCCAAACGCUGCGUUAGGUUUAGCCACGCAGCAACAGGCACAAAAACAGGCGCAAAUUACACCGCCUGUAGAUUUCUACAGCGAAAGAACUGAAUCAAGUAAAACUGAAACAAGAGAAAAUCUUGCAAAGAAUGUAGACAAAGAAGAAGACAUAGAUGAGCAGACGAGAAAGCGAAGAGAUGUUGACUUGAGGCAGUUAUUGAACGCAAAGAAACCACCAUCCGUCUAUAGUAUAGCUGAUAAAGUAGCGAGUCUCACGAGAAAUAAACACGAUGACGAGAGCGAUCAAGAUGAGGAAUCGGAACUCGUUAUCGAAAUGCCAAUUGAAGAUGAGGAUAAGGAAAGAGGAAAGUUUCUUGAGCAAGGUGAACAAUAUCAGGAUACUUCAUCUAUAGACGAACAUGAGACAGUGCCGCCUCACUUACCAAAGAAGGCGCAGGAAUUGUUUAUGCGAAUACAGCAGCAGCAACGCGCGGCUCAGGACAGUUUGAAAAACAUAGACAACGAGUCCGAUGCACCUAAUACUGAUCAGAUUAUCGAAGAUUGGUAUUCGGAUGACGAGGACGAUGAUGAUGAUGAUGACGAGGGAGGUAAUCUUACUAUAGUGGAUAGUUCGAAAGACGAAAUCGAGCCCAUCGAGAAGACUCAAAACCUCGUUAUCAAGGAGGAGUUCCAGCCUGCGACAUCCGUGUCCAACGUACCCCAGCCGGCCGCUAUUGUGGACAAAUUAGGUGACCUGAGCAAAAUUGAUAUCAGUGCCGAAGUAUCCAAAUUGCUUUCCACUCUGAAGGCUCAGAGCUCCACGACUAACAAGACACAAGCAAACUCGAAUCAAGACGCGUCGAAAGCUAAAUCGGCGCAAGAUCCGAAGACGGAUAGCGAGACGUCGUCGAGUCCGAGGCGAUCACCAGGUCCGAGUUCGGCAACUGUAUCUGUAUCCAGAGAUCCACGAAUGUCCCGGGAUCCUAGACAACGUCGGGAAGUCGAGCAGAAGCCGAGCAGCCCUAGCAUAUCUUCCGAUGUGAAGAGGGAGUUGCAGAAACCUCUCAGGCUGGAAACGAGCAUCUACAGUUCCGGCAUCACCGCGGUAGACGCUAACAUGGACACCGAUCUGCGCUCUACGAGAGCGGAUCAAGAUCUCAGACGGCAAGACAUGGACUUCCGACAGCGUUUCCAAUCCGGUGACUUCGGCGACACGGAUUUGCGUGUCAAAUCCGACGUCGAUCUUCGACAGAUGCUGACCUUACCGUUCAAACCGGUACCCGCGCAUAUACCAUGCACCGAGAUCGAUGGAAGUAUCGCGUCGCAUCCGCCGAUGGUGUAUAAAGUCUACGUGGUCGACAUACCCAGACCGGAUUACACCGGUCUCAAGUUAACGAAGAAUGAUGCGCAGGUCAAAUACGAUCCACGCCUCCGCAAGAUCUUCCGCAUCGCCAAGCCUGAGCAACUGGCCGACUCGCCGAUGUCGCCGCCGCCGCCGCAAAUGAAGCAUGAGACACCGAAAUCGCCGCCGCAAUGUGUUCGUUCAGAUCCGCGACGGAAAACUCUCGAGGCGGCGGCUUCCAAUCAACAGUCGUCCUCGCAGAAUACAACCAAUGCUCCGAUGAUGUCCAAAGGGAUGCAACCGAUGGAUCCAAUGGGACCUAAUAUGGGUCUUGGUUCUACUGGCAUGCCGGUGAGACCUGGUAUGCCUGGCGGUCCGCUGCCCGGCGCCAUACCGGGUCCCCCUCAGGGUAUGAUGGGCCCAAUGGGUCCAAACCAUCCGAUGGGCAUGGGUAACAUGGGUCCGAUGAGGCCUAUGAUGAACGCUGGACCGAUGCCGCCGCAGAAUAUGCCGCCCAUGGGCAUACCACACGGUCCGGCGAUGGGUAUGAAUGGUCCCGUUCCGAUACCGCCUCAGGGUCAGAUGAAUUUCGAUCCGCGUUUCAACGCGCAACGUAACAAUGGGGCCGGACUGUUAGGUCCUGGACCUAACUUUGGUCCGGACAAUUACGAAGGGGGCCCACCUUAUCCCUGUGGUGGUAAUUUUAAUAAUUUCGGAGGACCCGGUGGUGGUGGCGGCGAUCCGUUUGGUCCGAACGGAUCAAAUGGGCCCAACUUUGGCCCGAUGGGGGGUGACGAUUGGGGCAGCAGACAGCGUGGCGGCCGUAUCCGCCGAAGAAAUCGCAGCAGGACCAAUAUGGUGACCAAUAAUUAAGUAGUGCAUUGGGGAAAAUAAAUUGUGAGCGCCUGAUGAUAAUUCUCACGAGCGGUAGAGUCCGCGCGUGCAUUUCACGCCUGCACGCAGUACACUCAAAAGCAUACUUUGAAGUCUUUCCAAUUUAUUUUCAUGGUAUAAUAUCGAGACACUUUCUUACGUAGAGAUCUACAGAUUUAUUCCUUAUAAAUCUAUAAAAAUAUCGAUGUAAAUAUUUAUAAAUAUCCUUUACAAAAAAUUAUUAUCUAUCUAUAUAUAUGUGUAUACAUUUUUGGUUUAUAUAAAAUUAAAUCUGUAGAAUUUACUCGCGGAGAGAAAGAUUUGAUGGUAUAAUGCUGAACACGUUCGAUGAUUAUGAUCAACAGAUCGGCAAUCUACAAAACUAGGAGUUAUGAGCACCAGCUCAUUGUACGUAAUGCUUAAGUUAUACUAUAUCGCAUAUAAUGCUCAUGGUUGCGUGCAAUUUUCUUUUGGAAUAUUCUAUGGAAGCUAGCAUAUUUCAACACUUAGAACGUACCGGAUCCAUCACUUUAGUUUGUAAUUCAUCACAUAACUCUCAAGGAUAUUAAUUAGGCAUGUAUUGUAAGUCUAUAAUGGUAAGAAAUAUUUAUACAUAGAUAAUGACGAAUGUGUAUCCACUCGUUUACAAUAAAUAGAUUCUAUGAAAAGACAA